AUGGAGAGACGUAAGAUUCGUCGUAAGACUGGGGAGAUCAAGGCGACCAGCGACGCUGAGUCCACUGUCAGUACACGCAGCAGCACGAGCAGCAACAGCAGCACAUCGUGGAAGCAGAAGCAGCGGCGCCUUAAGGCUCAGUGCCCGAAUCAAGACAAUAGCAAUGAUACCGAGAUAGACAGCGAAGAAGAUGCCCAUUUCACGUCACUUGAGGGCAGACUGGGGGCCAUUUUGGAGACGACAGAGGCUCAGGUGGUAAUGAUUCUACUCAUAGCGCUUGAUAUCGGCUGCACUGCAGUGGAAAUCCACCUACACGACCAGCUACAACUGCAACAACUCACAACAGAAGAUGCACCACUAUUAGUCCGAAUUGCGACUCGUCUGGUGGAGUCCUUCACGGGGUUCACACUGUUCCUCUUUUUGAUCGAGUUGACCGUGCUGCUAGCGGCAUUUCGACACAAAUUCUUCGCCCACGCUGGAUACAUUUUGGAUCUCGUUGUCGUCAGUAUAUCCCUCGGUGUAGAGCUGUACGCACAGACAAAAGGUAGGAUUUCGACUGUGUUCAUAAGGAUAUUAAUCGUAGUAACACGCCUUGUGUCAGCUGCACGGCUUCUAGGUAUACUGCGCGUGUGGCGGGUGCUGCGGUUAAUACGAAGACUUGUCGAUCAGGAACGGGCUGCUCAUGAUACUACACGACAAUUACUAGAACAGGAACAAUUGAAACUGCUUCAUGUUCGGAUGCAGAAGGAUGCAGCGCAUGAGUCACUCAAGCGGGAGUAUGAGUCACGAGCAGGGCUCGAGCAGCUCUUGCGCAGCUAUAAGGACGAGAUUGUGACGCUGAAGGAGGCACUGCAGAUCGCAGCACAGGCUGUGGCGGAGGCGACGAUGGCCGAAAGUCCUCCGUUUGAUAACGAGUAUUCAGAAGUCGUUGACGCUGAGACCUCGUUCGGUUCGUAUCCAGCGGCAGACAAUGAGUAUAGAGAGGAGUAUUAUCAUCAUGAAGUGGCUGCUGUACACCCAACAGAGCUGCAGCAUGAAUACUUACAAGAAAGCGAGGAGAGUGAAAAUUAUCACCAGGAAGCAACUGCAGUGCAUCCAACAGAGGUGCACGAAGAGAACUAUUAUCUGGAAGCGGCUGUGAAUUCCAUGGAGGAGCAGAUAGAAACGAGGAGUGACAACGAAUUCGAAGAUGCAGCGGAUGAAUAGCUGAAUAAAACGCUGUUAUUCGAACUCAUAUCAACGAUAUGAGUGCGGGGAUGUGAUACCAGCGCGAUAUCUAGUUUUCUCCGCGCUUCUUGUCCCAUGCAACGACGUCCUCGUAGCGGAUAUCACCACCGAAGAUGUCGAGUGCACUGCCA